GCCACUUGGUGAUGUCAGAAUGUUGUCAGAUGCUGAGGGUUUCUGGAGACUCGGAUUUGAAUGUGAAAGCUGUUGUCUGGCCUCUUUUGACCGUUAUAGCCGUUUGUUCAUCCAACCAAGAGCUGGUUCUAAUCCUCUACACUUGCUUGGGGGGAAAAAAGAGAGAAAAAAAAGUUUAUAACUCGUGCCAUAGCUCGACUUGUAUGUGGACUGUAUUUGAGGGUGCUUUGGGUCUCCAGAUGUGCGUUUGGACGAAGGAUUGUAGGCCUACAUGUAAUGAACAAUACAAAAGUGCAUUCCCUGUAGAGAUGUACAAGGAAGACAUGUACACAUUUCCCAUGAGAGGCUAAAUCUCCAUUUUGGAUCAGACUGUGAACUCUUGAGCCAGAAUGGCAGAUCCCUCUAUGUUGGUGACGGAGGGGGUGGUGCCCACACUGGCAUUGACAAACAGCUGUGUUCUGGAGGUCCGGAAGAAGUAUGAGGUGGUUCCAUCAUUAGCCUGCACCGUGUGUUUUAUACUAGGGAUUGUCUACUGCUUCUGUGGGUACCGCUGUUUCAAAUUAGUGAUGUUCCUGUCUGGGCUCGCGUUCGGGACUGGCAUAGGCUACUUGUUAUGUUUACGGGAGCAGCUGCUGGACUCGCCACUGGAUGCAGAGACUCGGGCAGGGAUCUCUCUAGGCAUUGGCUUACUGGGAGGACUGGUGAGCAUACUGGUGCGCUGUGUGGGUCUGUUCCUUACUGGUCUCCACCUGGGCCUGUUGCUCUCCAUCACCGCUCUGCUGGCAGCAGGACAAUUUUACCCCGUCCUUAGUCCUGUCUGGGUGCCUGCUGGAACAGUACUUGGAUCCAGCGUGUUCUUUGCUGUGUUGACACUCUGCUGGCAGAGAAGCAUGACCACGGUGGCUACGGCAAUGCUGGGUGCUGCCAUCAUCUUGACAUGUAUGGAUUAUUGCAUGGAGACACCAAUGCUGGUGUGGAGGGCAUAUGUGGGGCUGCAGAAGAACCAAGAGAAGGUGCUGUGCUGGUACAGCUGGGUGAUGUUGGGCAUCUGGCCUCUGGUAGCAGCCCUGGGAAUCCUGGUGCAGCAUAAAUUCACUGCCAAAAGAACGUCGCACACUGAAGUGAUGGUGAGUGGCAAACAAAAGCAACUCCAGCUGAUGAAGCUCAGACAGUCGGAUGCACGGCAGCUUCCACAGGGCAAAUAUCGCCGUCGACCUCCACCUCUCAAACGAUACGCAGGAGACGUGCUCGCUCCGAGCUACCUGGCGAACCUGCGCGAGAGACAGAUGAGCACGGGUUCGUCUGUGAGCAGUCUGAGCACCGUCUACCAUACCAUGAUCGACUUUGACUUUGAGACAGGAUCCUUGGUGCCUCUCACAACCUCCUCACCUGCAGUGAUCAGGGUGUGAAUGAACUCGGAAACACACGCACAUGCACACACUUGGGAAGAGAGAUCAAUAGAGUUCAGUGCCAGCUGAAGUAAACAGACUGUGUGUGUGUGUGUGUUGACUACGUGGACUCUGAGUUGGUUAAUAAAAAGUCUGUGGAGUCGACUGAAUACUGAACACUGGCUCGUCCCAGAACUUCAGGGUGCAUGACGGUUAAAACCUCACAUACUCUAACUCACUGCUUUAACACAACCCUUUUAGUCAUAAGUAUCAGAUGGCACUAAUUUGCAUUUAGCUUUAAAUGUGUCAGAUAUGAAACAAAAAAAAAUAUCUAACCAAUCCUGCCUGCUCCCAUGGUUAUUUUUGUUUGUAUCCACUCAGUGAUUUCUCGUGCACUUAAUUUCCCUAAAGUACAACCAAAAAAAGUCAGGACACUGUGUAAACUGUAAAUAAAACCAGCAUGUGAUUUGUUGCAAAUCUUGAAAACUAUAUUUCACUGGAAAUAGUACAAAGACAACAUAUCAAAUGUUGAAACAGGAAUUUUAUUUUAUUAUUUAACUUUUUUUUUAAUAUAUGCUUAUUUUGAAUUUUCCACUACAGAAUCAUGUCUGUUUUUGGGUGGCGCAGUGGUUAGCGCUGUCGCCUCACAAGAAGGUUCUGGGUUCGAGCCCAGUGGCUGACGGGGGCCUUUCUGUGCGGAGUUUGCAUGUUCUCCCCGUGUCUGCGUGGGUUUCCUCCGGGUGCUCCAGUUUCCCCCACAGUCCAAAGACAUGCAGUUAGGUUAACUGGUGACUCUAAAUUAUCCAUAGGUGUGAACGGUCGUUUCCCAAGCCCGGAAAUGGGAGAGUUGUGGCAGGAAGGGUAUCUGGUGUAAAACUAUAGCCUGGCAAGCCAGACUAAAUGUGAAUAUUUAGUCUGGCCUCGAUCCGUAGACAUUUCCGAAGCGGGUAGGAGGAACAAACCGCUGUCUUUCAAACUGUCUCUGUGCGUAUAGAGGAUUUCGGCCUACGUCAUUGUUUCCAUAGCGACAAUAUUUAUGCUGCCAUUUUGACGGUCACAAAUAUGGCGACUACCGGUAGCGAUACACUGAUCAUGACGAAGUCUCAUUGUCGAGUAUUUUAUCCGGCCUAGAUGACGCGAGUAAGAAGCGAUAUCACCAGAAAAUCAAUGAUGCUGGUGUACGUGAUCCGUACACGUUACCAGGCUAUCUUUUUCUGGCUUUGCAGCGCAGGUGAUUUUCCUGACCUGCAGUCAGGCGUGUGGGAAAUACCAGGGAAAAAACAUAAAAGAAAAAGGAGCGAGAUGCAGAAAACACCUUCACUAUCCAGCGACGUAGGGCAUUUACAGGGCGAGCAGAGGGAGAGGUAUUUGCAAAAAUUGAGGUUAGCAGGCUUAGAGAACGACGUUUACCUGCUUCCACCAGGAUUGUUCACUGACGUACGGAAGUACACCAAGCCCUCGUCUUUACCUGACUUCGGCCCACAUGAUCUGUAUACCUAUGUCGUUAAAAACCAGGCUGGGUAACAUGCCUACAUCAGCGGGUCGUCCCUGGAGCCGGUGGUCGCCAUCUUAUUACA